AGGCAAAUCCCACCUGCUUGUAAUUGAGGCAUUUUUGUUAUUGUGGUGUUGUUUUACGUCAUCUGGAACUGACGCUCUGAAACAGGAGAAUAAAAGCAUAAUUUGCAAAACUCCAUGUGGGGAAGAUUGUUUUGUUUUGUUAUUCAGAUGUUAGAUGUUUGGCUUAUGUUUUUGGCUGCAGAAACAAGCUUGGGGAGGCACAGUGCAGCCUCCACGCCUGUAGAUUUGACUCCUUCAUACUGCAUUAAUUUUCAAACUUUCAAGCGUCUGUCUUGCUAAUACAAUAAUGGAGGUUGCUUUCAGUUGAUGGACCAUUGAACUUUAAAAGCUGAACAGAUGAUGUUGAAGCGGUACCAGUUGGAACAAUUACAAAAGGCAACUAAUAAUUUCAGUGAAGAUUGUCUGGUUGGUUCUGGUGCAUUUGGAAAUGUCUAUAAAGGAACAUUUGAUGGGGAGGAAGCACUAGCUAUAAAGAAGGCACAUACUGAAUCAUACACCAGCACUGAAGAGUUUGAAAAUGAGAUCAGGUUGCUCUCAAAAGUGAAGCACAGGAACCUCGUUAGUUUGGUGGGGUUCUGCCAAGAAGCUGGGCCAAAGGGAGCAAAAAUUCUGGUGUAUGAGUAUGUUCCAAAUGGUUCUCUGCUAGACUACAUCAUGGGGAGGGGAGGAAGGGGCUUAACAUGGAGGCAUAGAGUGACGAUAGCCAUUGGAGCUGCUAAAGGUAUAGCUCAUCUGCAUGAAGGAAGCAAACCAAGUAUAAUUCAUCGGGACAUAAAACCGAGCAACAUCUUGGUAGGAGAGAACUUUGAGGCCAAGGUCUCAGAUUUUGGGCUUGUGAAAUCGGGUCCUAGUGGGGAUCAGUCACAUGUUAGCAGUCAGAUAAAGGGGACACCAGGGUACCUUGACCCUGCCUACUGUUCAUCUCUCCAUUUGACUUCAUUCACCGACGUAUACAGCUAUGGUGUUAUAUUACUGCAGCUUGUUGCUGCUAGACCUGUAGUCGAGAACAGCAGAGGUCAUCCUAAUUUUCACAUUAUUGAUUGGGCAAGACCUAGCUUGGAACGAGGAAGCAUUGAUGAAAUAAUAGAUGCUAAUCUCUUGAUGGAACAUUGCAACAUGGAAAUGAUGUUGAAAAUGGGACAACUUGGUCUGAAAUGUGUGGUCAAAGUCCCUAGAGAAAGGCCUAAAAUGACUCAAGUAUGGCAAGAACUGGAGGCUGCCCUAUUUUCUGCAGAAACUAUCAUAUAUAAACAACCUUCAAAUGGUUCCUUACAAUUAGCAAGCUUGUCAAGCGGAUCAAUGGGUCGUAGAAACCAUCAACCGAAACAACUUGAUGAUUCUCAAAGCUCAGUUAGCAUAGAUGGCAUUAGAUUGCAGAGGUUUCACUUGGACAUAGAUCGCCUAUCCUUUGGUAGUGCAAAUUUGAGGUGCUUAGAUGCCUAUAGUAUAAGCAUUGAAGACGACUCAUACGAUCUGACAGGAACUUCCGAGGAAACAACCACGAGUGGAAACGAAGAGUUUAGGCUAACAUACAAUAUCAGUUAAAGUUUGCUUAAUGUAAGACACAGUAUAUUUAGGUUGAUUUGGUUGUGUAGGAAUGGAAAUCUAAAAAUGACCACCAUUUGACAGUAAAGUUUGCUUACCUUCUUUGAAUUGGCGGAAUAGUAGAAAGGAAGGGAUCCAUACAAUCUCAAUUCUGUAGUUAGAAACUUUGAUAUUUGAGUUUUAUUUCCAUA